CUUUUUCUUUUAUGAGAAUCUUCUUUUCUUGCUUUGAGAUUUCCCCCCCUCUUUCAUGUUCUCCCCAUUUCUUACUUUCUCAUCAAGAGUUUUGUCAGUCUCGAUUUUUUUUAAAGUUAAGCUGUUUGCGCUUUGAUUUUGCAGCUGCUGCAUGCUUGUGGCUGUUCUGCAUCGUAACUGUAAUUUAAGCGAACUAUUUUGGAGGAUAAAAUAAUUCUUUUGGGGUUCUUUGUUGGUUCUAAGAGUAAAUGUCGUUCCGUAGUAUAGUUAACGACGUGAGGGAUGCUCUCGGGAGCUUAUCUAGGCGUAGUUUUGAGGUGAGGUUACCUGGUCAUCAUAGGGGAAAAUCUCAGGGUUCAGUGCUUGAGUUUCAUGAUGAAACUGUGGUUAUCCAGAAUAGCCGCUGGGCAAGCCUUCCCCCAGAGCUGUUGCGUGAUGUGAUAAAGAGAUUGGAAGCGAGUGAGAGCACGUGGCCUGCUCGCAAGCAUGUUGUUGCUUGUGCUGCAGUAUGCAGGUCAUGGAGAGAAAUGUGCAAAGAAAUUGUUAGAUGUCCUGAGUUCUCUGGGAAAAUCACCUUUCCAGUUUCUCUGAAGCAGCCUGGGCAUAGGGAUGGAACUAUUCAAUGCUUCAUUAAGAGAGACAAAUCUAAUUUAACUUAUCAUCUUUUCCUUUGCCUUAGUCCUGCUUUGCUUGUUGAAAAUGGGAAGUUUCUUCUUUCUGCAAAACGGACCCGUAGAACUACUUGCACGGAGUAUGUAAUCUCUAUGGAUGCAGAUACUAUAUCGAGAUCUAGCAGCAAAUACAUUGGAAAACUUAGGUCUAAUUUUCUUGGUACCAAAUUCAUAAUUUAUGACACUCAGCCUCCAUACAACAAUGCUCAGCUUUCACCACCUGGUCGAAGCCGAAGGUUCUAUUCAAAGAAAGUCUCUCCAAAGGUUCCCACCGGUAGCUACAACAUUGCCCAGGUCUACUAUGAGCUGAAUGUGCUAGGUACUAGGGGACCUCGCAGGAUGCACUGCAGUAUGUACACAAUUCCUGCUUCAGCCCUUGAGCCAGGUGGCAUUGUCCCUGGCCAGCGGGAGCUUCUGCCCCGAUCCCUUGAAGACUCAUUUCGAAGCAUCUCUUUCUCAAAGGCUAUUGACAGCUCAUCUGAGUUUAGUAGUGCCAGAUUCUCAGAUAUUGUUGGAACCCGUGAUGAAGAGGAUGAAGGAAAGGAAAGAGCAUUGAUUCUACGGAACAAACAACCAAGAUGGCAUGAGCAGUUACAGUGUUGGUGCCUGAACUUUCGAGGAAGGGUUACAGUUGCAUCAGUCAAGAACUUUCAGCUGAUCGCUGCAAACCAACCAGCAGCUGGUGCACCAACCCCAUCACAGCCAGCGCAACCCGACCAUGAUAAGAUAAUUCUCCAGUUUGGUAAAGUUGGCAAGGACAUGUUUACCAUGGAUUACAGAUAUCCACUCUCUGCAUUCCAGGCGUUUGCAAUUUGUUUGAGCAGCUUCGACACCAAAUUGGCAUGUGAAUAAACGAGAAAGUGACAUGUUAAGCAAAUACAGCUCUUAGCCGGGUAUCUGGUAACUUCGCUUUCUAGAAUCAGUAUAGGAUGGGGUGAUUGUAUGAAGUCUUAUGUACAAUUCGUAUCCAGGAACUGGCAAGGACACAAACAUUUGUUCACCUUUCAUUUCUCUUCCUCCGUGCUUCUUUUUAAUCUCCUUUGAGAAGGAUUUCUGUGUUAUGUUGUUCAA